UGCCCCUCUUCCUUUUCUUGAAAAUGGAGAAGAUUCUGGUGGGCUGCUUUCUGCUGAUCCUUGGGCAGGUCCUCCUCCCUGCUGAGGCCAGGGAGCGGCCCCACCACGCCAGGUCCAUCUCUAGAGGCAGACAUGCUCGGACCCACCCCCAGACGGCCCUGCUAGAGAGCUCCUGUGAAAAUAAGCGGGCAGACCUGGUCUUCAUCAUCGACAGCUCCCGCAGCGUCAACACCCACGACUAUGCGAAGGUCAAGGAGUUCAUCGUAGACAUCUUGCAAUUCUUAGACAUUGGUCCUGACAUCACCCGGGUGGGCCUGCUCCAGUAUGGCAGCACUGUAAAGAACGAAUUCUCCCUCAAGACCUUCAAGAGAAAGUCUGAGGUGGAGCGUGCAGUCAAGAGGAUGAGGCACCUGUCCACAGGCACCAUGACUGGACUGGCCAUCCAGUAUGCUCUGAACAUCGCAUUCUCAGAAGCAGAGGGGGCACGGCCCUUGAGGGAGAACGUGCUGCGGGUCAUAAUGAUUGUGACAGAUGGGAGGCCACAGGACUCGGUAGCCGAGGUGGCCGCAAAGGCACGAGACACAGGCAUCCUGAUCUUUGCCAUCGGCGUGGGCCAAGUGGACCUCAACACACUGAAGGCCAUAGGGAGUGAGCCCCAUGAGGACCACGUCUUCCUGGUGGCCAACUUCAGCCAGAUGGAAUCGCUGACCUCAGUGUUCCAGAACAAGCUGUGCACCGUCCACGUGUGCAGCACCCUGGAGCAUAACUGCGCCCACUUCUGCAUCAACACCCCUGGCUCCUACAUCUGCAGGUGCAAGCAGGGGUACAUUCUCAACUCGGAUCAGAAGACUUGCAGAAUCCAGGACCUGUGUGCCACAGAGGACCAUGCCUGCGAGCAGCUCUGUGUGAACGUGCCGGGCUCCUUCGUCUGCCAGUGCUACAGCGGCUACCUCCUGGCAGAGGAUGGGAAGAGCUGUGUGGCUGUGGACUACUGUGCCUUGGAAAACCAUGGAUGUGAGCACGAGUGUGUAAACGCAGACAGCUCCUACUUUUGCCGGUGCCGUGGAGGAUUUGCUCUUAACCCAGAUAAGAAAACAUGCACAAAGAUAGACCACUGUGCCUCCCCUGAUCAUGGAUGCCAGCACGAGUGUGUUAACACAGAUGAUUCCUAUUCCUGCCGCUGCCUGAAAGGCUUUACCCUGAAUCCAGACAAGAAAACCUGCAGAAGGAUCAACUACUGUGCCCUGAACAGACCAGGCUGUGAGCACGAAUGCGUCAACACAGAGGAGGGCUACUACUGCCGCUGUCGCCGGGGCUACACUCUGGACCCCAACGGCAAGACCUGCAGCCGGGUGGACCACUGUGCGCAGCAGGACCAUGGCUGCGAGCAGCUGUGCUUGAACACAGAGGAGUCCUUCGUCUGCCAGUGCUCGGAAGGCUUCCUCAUCAAUGAGGACCUCAAGACCUGCUCCCGGGUAGAUUACUGCCUCCUGAGUGAGCAUGGCUGCGAAUACACCUGUGUCAACACAGACAGAUCCUUUGCCUGCCAGUGUCCGGAGGGCCACGUGCUCCGCAGUGAUGGGAAGACCUGUGCAAAAUUGGACUCUUGUGCUCUGGGGAACCAUGGUUGUGAACACUCGUGUGUAAGCAGUGAAGACUCAUUUGUGUGCCAGUGCUUUGAAGGAUAUAUACUCCGUGAAGAUGGGAAAACCUGCAGAAGGAAAGAUGUCUGCCAAGCAGUAGACCACGGCUGUGAACACGUGUGUGUGAGCAGGGGCGAAUCAUAUAUCUGCAAGUGCUUGGAGGGGUUCCGGCUUGCUGAGGAUGGGAAACGCUGCAGAAGGAAGGAUGUCUGCAAAUCAGCUCGCCACGGCUGCGAACACAUUUGUGUUAAUAAUGGCGAUUCCUACAUCUGCAAGUGCUCAGAGGGAUUCGUUCUAGCCGAGGAUGGAAGACAGUGCAAGAGAUGCACUGAAGGCCCAAUUGACUUGGUCUUUGUUAUUGAUGGAUCCAAGAGCCUUGGAGAAGAGAAUUUUGAGAUUGUGAAGCAGUUCGUCGCCGGCAUCAUAGAUUCCUUAGCAGUUUCCCCUAAGGCCGCCCGGGUGGGGCUGCUCCAGUAUUCCACACAGGUCCGCACAGAGUUCACCCUGAGAAGCUUCAGCUCGGCCAAAGACAUGAAAAAAGCCGUGGCCCACAUGAAGUACAUGGGCAAGGGUUCCAUGACUGGGCUGGCCCUGAAACACAUGUUUGAGAGAAGUUUUACCCAAGUAGAAGGGGCCAGGGCCCUCUCCGCACGGGUGCCCAGAGUGGCCAUCGUGUUCACCGACGGACGGGCACAGGAUGAUGUCUCCGAGUGGGCCAGUAAAGCCAAGGUCAACGGUAUCACUAUGUAUGCCGUCGGGGUAGGAAAAGCCAUUGAGGAAGAACUACAAGAGAUUGCCUCUGAGCCAACAGACAAGCACCUCUUCUAUGCCGAAGACUUCAGCACGAUGGGCGAGAUAAGUGAAAAACUAAAGAAAGGCAUCUGUGAAGCUCUAGAAGACUCUGAUGGAAGACAGGACUCUCCAGCAGGGGAUCUGCCAAGGCGGGACCACCAGCCAACAGAAUCUGAGCCAAUCACCAUAAAUCUCCAAGACCUACUUUCCUGUUCUAAUCUUGCAGUGCAACACAGAUACCUGUUUGAGGAAGACAAUCUUUCACGGUCUACACAAAAACUUUUCCAUUCAACAAAAUCUUCAGGAAGCCCUUUGGAAGAAAAACAUGAUCAAUGCAAAUGUGAAAACCUUAUCAUGUUCCAGAACCUUGCAAAUGAAGAAGUAAGAAAAUUAACGCAGCGCUUAGAAGAAAUGACACAGAGAAUGGAAGCCUUGGAAAAUCGCCUGAGAUAUAGAUGAAGGUUAGAAAUGCUCUCUGUAUCUGUACGUCAUUGUAUCAAGGACUUCAGCGAAAGCAAUUCAGAGCCCUGGAGCUGGAGCUAUUAAGUCUCUAAUAUUGUACAGUAAACAUAACCAGUAUUAAGAAAGCUGGUUUGUUGUAGAACAAAGACAGAAAGUAGACACUAACUUGUAUAAAAUUUAUUAAGGAAAAAAUCCUUCUCAAUUCAAAGAUGAGAUUACCAAGUGAAGAUAAAUAAGCUAUGCAAGGUAUUCUGUAAAAUACAGUGGACGUGAUUUGCUUCUGCCUCAUCCUGCCUUAGAGUGUUGCAAUCUCUUGGGACUAAAAAAUAAAGUUUGCACAGUCUUACUUCUGUGGAACACUGGCCAUAGGAAAUGCUAUUUUUUGUAUCGGACAUUACCUUGAUAUAUGUAUAUGGAUGUAUGCACAAACCCAUAGGACAUAUGUAUUUGUGUAACAAGUUGGAUUUUUUUUAUACGAUAUUAAAAUUCACUGCUUCAGAGAA